AUGACUGAAACCACUAUUCUCGUUAAAUUUAGUACUAAAUUAGACGGGUUUCAAGUCUCUACAACUACGUUUAAUGUACCUAGUGACUCUAAUAGACUUGCUCUUUCGAGAUUGAUCAAUCAUUUAUUACAAUUACCUAAAGUUGUUCCAUUUGAUUUUAUUGUUGGUGGUGAAUUUCUACGUACAACUCUUCAAGAACACCUUAAGGAAAAAGGUAUUCCUAUUGAAUCUACUGUAGAUAUAGAAUACACUGUUGCUCUUCCUGCACCUCAACCAGAGUGGUACAAUCAACAAGAGAAUUGGGUUACUUCUCUUUCAUAUUGUUCAUCUUUCUUAUUUGCUGGUAUUGCUAAUCAAAGUAUUUCUGCUAAUAACGAAUCAGGAAUUGUUUGUUCUACAGACGCAUUAUUAUCUGAUGGUAUAACAAAACGACCAGUAAAAACAAUUGACUCAUUUGAUAAUAACGGUAAAAUUGAAGUUGCUUGUGGUGGAAAAUCAAAUAAUAUUCAUACAUUCUCAUUUGAAAAUAAUACAUUCAUUCAUCGUUCAAUUUUAACGGGUCAUAAUGGAUCAAUUGAAAGUCUUUGUUAUUCACCAAAUGGUACUCAUCUUGUUAGUGGUGGUUGGGAUAAAAAAGUAAAUGUUUGGGAUUUAAAUUCUGGUUCAACUCUUCAAACUACAGAAAAACGUUCAAGAUUAAAUAUUAAAACAAUUUCAGAAUUUACAUCACUUGAUGGCCAUCUUCAAGCUGUUACACAUUGCAUUUGGCCAGUAGAAAAACAAGUACUUUCAUCUUCUCUUGAUGGAACUAUUGCUAUUUGGGAUAUUCAGAACACUGCCCUUGCUUCUGCUUAUAAAACACCAAAAGUAGCUACUGCUCUUGAUUAUUCUACUGUUAAUUCUCUUAUUGCAACAGGUCACAAUGAUUCUAUUAUUCGGAUUGCUGAUCCUCGUGAAUCUCAAAUAACAAUGAAAUUAUUAAAAAGUCAUAAAAAUUUAGUUACUUGUGUUGCAUGGCAUCCUCAAAGUGCUUAUUUGUUAGCGUCUGCAGGAUAUGAUAAUUCUAUUAAAAUUUGGGAUAUUAGAUCUAUUACACCCUUAUGUACUAUUCCUUUCAGUACAAAAAUGACGGCUGUAUGUUGGAAUGAAACUGGAGAUAUUUUCUAUUCUGCUGGGGCAAAUGGUUUUAUGAAAGCACAUAAAUUUACUCAUACUAAUUGA